AAAGAAACUCAACAAUUGACCAGUGAUUGUUUUGCUCUUCUAUUGUCAAGAGUGCGCUUUAAAGUAAUUGCAAGAUGUUUUACGAUUUUUUGAAUUAUCAACCUUUGCCUGAACCUUUCGAGGCAACAUCUGAUGGACGAGCGGGAUUCGUGAAUCCAAAGAAUUUGGAGAAUUUUAAAUUUCGGGGCAAGAAAAAAGGCCUAUUGAAACAGGAUGAAUCCGCAAAUAUUAAAUUUGGAACGUCCAUAUUGAAAAAUCACAUUAAUCCUGCAUACAAACAAGCAAUAGAUAAGAUUCGGCCAUUUUACAAGAUUUCGCGCGAUCGCUUUAACAGUGAGCGAUUGGUAGAAGAUCAGGACGACUAUGAAAUAAAUGAUGACAUUAUGGGUCGUCCAACGAACAUCCGAUUGAAUGAAGGCUUCAGCAAGCACGAAGGGUGCAUGGAAAAUUCUAACACCAUUGGAUAUAAUGUUGUGUGUGCUGAUAAUAAGAGAAAAACAUUAAAUAAAGCCGGAUCUUUUUUCAAGGCCGUAUGGAAGCCUGUAAAGAGAUCAGCACAGAAAGUCUGGAAAAGCAUGAAAAAUGGACAAACUGAAUACAUUCAGUUUGAUUAAUGAUCUCUUUCUCUAGAUCAUUUCAAUCAAGUAUCAAUCUGCUUGAUUUGGUUCGAGUUCAUCUCGGGUAAGUGUUUAAUUAGAAUAUUUUCGUAUUUUACACUUAACACUUUUGUUUUUUAUUAUCCAUUUAUAAAUUAAACACCUUGAUAUAAAUGGUGUUUUGGCCAUGGUAACAGGACAACAAAAAACAUGUAUUAACGUGGAGAUAGAUAAGGUGUUCCUUAGAAGAUUGAUAUUUUACAUAUAGACAGACUGGAGUAGGCUUACAAGACAUUAUAUAUAUAUAAAUAUAUUCUUGUUCAAGUAUGGACUAGAAUAUAUUCUGGGAGAAUAGUAGUCUCGUAACAAAGAAAAAGCAACAGGGUAAAUGGGAGUAGAUAUUAAAAUAUUCAGCA